UUCUUCACCACUCACAGAACCUGAAUGCAAUUAUUAGAUUGAGGAAUCUUAGAGCAUUUCUUGAAAACAAAGUUGAUUCAAAAUUUUAACCAGAGCAAAGAACUAUGUCUGUUUCAGCAGCAACAUCACUUGUUACUUCCACUCUUAAUGCAUCUUCUGAUUUCUCUCGGCGUUCAGUAAAUUAUCAUCCCAACAUUUGGGGUGAUCGUUUUAUUCAAUAUAUUGAGGAGCCUAUGGAAGAGAAUGAAAUUAUAACAAGGAAGAUUCAAGUACUAAAAGAAGAAGUGAGAAAGAUGCUAGUCCUUGUGGAUGCAAAGACCACAGUACCAAUAAGAGAAGCUAACUUGAUUGAUUCAAUCCAACACCUGGGAUUAUACCAUCAUUUUGAGCACGAGAUAGGCGAAGUAUUACAACAUAUUCACAAUGAUUAUGUUGAAAAUGGUAAAAUAACUCUCAAUGAAGACCUCCAUGCUCUCGCCCUUGUCUUCAGGUUGUUAAGGCAACAAGGAUAUCGCAUUUCACCGGAUGUGUUUAAGAAGUUCAAGAAUGAGCAAGGGAACUUCAGUGAAACACUUGUUGGUGAUGUUGAGGGAAUGCUGAGCUUGUACGAAGCUUCACAUCUCAGGAUUCAUGGUGAAGAGAUAUUAGAUGAUGCGCUUGCUUUCACUGCCUCAAACCUUGAGUUCAUCACCACCAAAUUGAGUCCUUCUCUUGCCACAAAAGUGAAUCAUAGCUUAAAGCGUCCAUUUCACAAGAACUUACCUAGGCUAGUGGCGGCGCACUACAUUGCGACCUAUGAGGAAGACCCUUCCCAUGAUGAAACUCUGCUAUUAUUGGCCAAAUUGGAUUUUAAUAUGCUCCAGAAACUAUAUCAGAGGGAAGCUGGGGUUGCUUCAAUGUGGUGGAAGGAUUUAAAUUUUGCCACAGAGCUACCCUUUGCACGUGAUAGGAUAAUAGAAGUGUACUUUUGGACAUUGGGAGUGUAUUAUGAGCCCCAAUACUCUCUUGGUAGAAGGCUAUUGACAAAAGUGAUAUAUAUGGCAUCAGUUAUUGAUGAUGUAUAUGAUGUUUAUGGUACAUUUGAAGAGCUACAACUUUUCACCGAAGCAAUAGAUAGGUGGGAUAUUAGCUGCAUCGAUUUCCUUCCAGAAUACAUGAAAAUUUGCUACAAAGUGCUCUUGGAUGUUUAUAAAGAAAUUGAGCAAGAGAUGGUUAAGGAAGGCAGAGCAUUCUCUGUAGACUAUGCUAUAAAUGAAAUGAAAAGAUUGGUCCAAGCAUACUUUGCAGAGGCUAAGUGGUACAAUAGCAGUUACACACCAACAUUGGAAGAAUACAUGAGUGUUGCGCAGAUAUCUUCUGGUUACCGUAUGGUCACAGCCACAGCCUUUGUUGGGAUGGGAAGUGUAGCUAAAGAAAAGGCCUUUCAAUGGUUAACCAAUGACCCAAAAAUCAUGAAUGCUUUAACUAAAAUUACUAGACUCAUGGAUGACAUUGUGUCCAACGAGCUUGAGCAAGAGAGAGGGCAUGUUGCCUCUGCUAUUGAGUGCUACAUGAGACAACACCAUGUCACAAAACAAGAAGCAACUGAGGAAUUAUGUAGACAAGUGGCGAGUGCUUGGAAGGAUAUCAAUCAGGAAUGUCUUGACUCAACUGAAAUACCAAAGCCUCUCAUAACUGUAAUUGUCAAUCUGACCCGUGUGAUGGAGGUUCUUUAUAAAGAUGGAGAUGGCUACACUCACUCUCAAGGAUCAACAAAGAACGACAUUGCAUCUCUCCUUUUGAACCCAUGGCCAUUACAAGAAUCAGCUUUUCACCUUUGACACACUUUAUCAUGCUUAAUAUGGUAUUUGCAUAGAGAAAUAAGAGGCAUGGUUUGAUUUGGUAUAAGUGCUCUCUAAUAGAAAUGAGUGUUGAUUAAGCAUGAGUGGUUUGAAAUACUUAGGAUAUUGUAUGUGGGGUUGUCUAAAUGACCCAUGAUAAAGUUUGGGUUAAAUAACAAUCAUCCAAUCACAUUGGAGAUAAGUGAGUUGGAAAUAAAUUAGUAAAUAAAAUAUAGAAAUUCCAACUCACUUAUCUCAAAUGUGAUUGGAUGAUGGGUUAUUUAACCCAAACUUUAUCAUGGGUCAUUUAGACAACCCCUUGUAUGUGAUCAUAGUUUGAUCUUAGAUUUGUCUUUCAUCUGUUUUCAAUUUCUAUAAUUGUUUAAUCAUAAAUUGUGUUGAAGAGUGUGUUUAAAAGAGUGUGUCACUUGCAUUUAAUUUGUUGAAACGUAAGUGUUAUUAUUAGUCCUUGAAUGUUUUUUAGUUUUUAUUCUUUUCUUUUUUGGUCUUAACCAAGGUAU